AUGUCAAGUCCGUUCUUAUGUAGCGUCCUCGCCAUCGUCCUUCCCAGCAUCUUGCCUUCUGAUCUACACUCGCUCGCUGCCCGCCGUCUUAUAUUUUCUUUGGAACUCGUGCAUGUUAUCAGCCCGUUCGAUCAGCUUUAUAUGCUAGAAGAUAUGCAAAACAAGGCUCACGACGCAGACCCUCCAUUCGACAAUUCCACCGCAGACUGCAUUCUGCGCUCUGCCGACCACGUCAAUUUUCGCGUACAUAAAAUUGUGCUUUCCUUGGCGUCAUCCAUCUUUGAGUCUAUGUUUUCUCUUCCCGACCCAAAACACCCCGAGCAGGAGCUUCUGGACGGCAUACCUGUCAUCAGCCUAGUCGAGUCUUCCGCCGUCAUCGAUUCUUUCCUCAGGCUCUGCUAUCCCACACCGGAUCCGAUCUUCCUCUCCCUUUCGGGCCUCCUCCCUAUCUACGAUGCCAUCGACAAGUAUGCGCUUGACUCUGUCGCUCUUUCCGUCACAAAGGCAUUGGUCCAAUGUGCGCCGCAGGACCCCAUGACGGCUUACGCAUUCGGCUGUGCCCAUCGUCUGCACGAUCUUGUCAAAGUCGCCGCUCGGGAGCUGCUUGUGCACUCCAUCGAUAGACUCCCAAACUCUUCCGAGCUAGAUCGAAUCAACGCCUCGCAUCUCUAUCGCCUUCUCAAGUAUCAUAGCGCUUGCAGGACCGCCGCUAGCGCACUAGCGCUGCAAGACUGGAGCUGGAUACGUUCGAUUUCGAGAGUUCCUCUGACCUCUACCGCCCAAAUGUGCUCGACCUGCCGGCAGUGCCUCGAGACUCAGAAUCGUCUGAACGCCAUACCGGGAGCACAUCAUUCCUUUGUGAACAACAGAGACUGCUGGACGUUCAGCUGCCCGACUUGGUGGUUCGACUAUAUGAAACGAGCCGAAGCGGCACUCGAGCGUAAACCGAGGGGAGAGACGGUUCGGAGCGAGGAGGUCUUGGGCCCGGCUUUGGCGUCUGCAGUGCAGUGUCAGGCAGUCGCUUGUCGGAGUGGGAUGCGGGCUAUGAUGGACUUCAGCAAGCUUUUCGCCCAAGCUGUUGAGAACGCGUUAGACAAGUGCGAAGGCUGGGUAGAUAUGUGCAAUGGCUACAAAGGAUCACCAGGAUAA